AGAUGAAUCCCCAUCUGCCUGGAGCAGCGGCCUGUUUGCCUCUGCAAGGCCAAGGCCUCGCAUAGCUCCACCUCAGCUGGGACACUGCAAACUCAAGCAAAAGAAGGGGAGGCGGCUCUUCAGUGUUCACUUGCUCACGCUGUCUACAGUUGGACUAAUUUAUGUACUGUUACUAUCAGCCCCUAAACUGGCUCAAAAAGUUGUGUCCGGUUAAGCCACCUGGCGCUCCAUUGGCAGCGGGAGAAGCGUCGAGCGUGUUUUGUUCCGACUCCGCCUGCGGUUGAAGUGGUCGAGUCGAAAGGGGCAGGUGGAGGUAAUCUGAGGGCAGGGAUAUUUCCCAGGCCUUCAGUCCGCAGCACACCAGGCUGACACUCCGAAUAACGCCUGGGGGAAGCGGGUUCAUGGCAGUUAGUGGGUGUUAGUUGUCCCAGGAAGUACAGGGUCGGAGACAACUUUGCACGAAUAUAGCACCUUCUACCUAUCAAGGGCCUACUGCAGGAACAUCGCCAAUAAACAUUGACAUGUUAGGACUGAUAACCCAAAGCUUGUUCGGAGGUUCCAUCUCUUUUGAAGGAUAUUUACAUUGAGAUGAAAUGCAUGAAUUAUAGAAACAUUCAUCUAGUCGAUUACUAUUCUUUAAGGAAGGCCACUUCAGUCUACCAAAGACCUAACUCCUAUUGGCUUCAUUCAAUGCCCAACUCUAGUGAAUAUCAACCACCAAAGCCGACUGGAAACGUAAAGAGUAUCAAUGUUCUUGAUGAGCUUGCUGCUGGUGACCCACCAGGAGCUUCUAAUUCCAAUCUGUUUUCCUGUUAUGGUGCUCCAUCAUUCAGUCUAAGUUCCAGUGUGAAAGAACAUGGGCCGUGGAUGUUUCCUGUCGUCCGGGCACAGGAAGUGUUUUACAAUGUCUGUUCGGAUUAUGGUUUGCUGAACAAAGCCUCCAUUAUUGCCAGUACACCAUGCACUUCCAGUGAACCUACUGCUGUUCAGGAUGGAACAACUUCAGUUGAUGCUCCGGGACAUAAUUCUAGUUAUGUGCAACUUCAAGUUGAUCCUCCAGAUGUAACCCAUAGAGGUAAUGCAGAAAAGGUUGCUAUGCCUGUCAGCCAUGGGAAACAGCUGCUUGCCUGGGAGAUAGAUACAUCAGAUUUUAAUGUAGUAACAUCUAAAUUGAAAAGUAGAACAGGUAGCUUGAAAAAGCAAAGUACAAAAAAGAUUAAGCCGCUGGAGAAACACAACAAAAAAAAUGAUUCUUCUCCGUAUACAGUUCUGGAAGAAAUGAAACAGCGCAAGGUUUUGGAUCUUCGGAGGUGGUAUUGCAUCAGUCGUCCACAAUACAAGACUUCAUGUGGAAUAUCCUCUUUGGUUUCAUGCUGGAACUAUCUAUUUAGUACCUGUGGAACAGGAAGUCUUCCACCAAUUACCCAGGAGGAGGCUUUGCAUAUCUUGGGUUUUCACCAGCCCUUUGAAGACAUCCGAUUUGGACCCUUCACAGGAAAUGCAACACUAAUGAGAUGGUUUAGGCAGCUUAAUGAGCAUUUUCAUAUGAGAGGCUGUUCCUAUGUUCUGUACAAACCCCAUGGGAAAAAUAGAACAGCUGGAGAAACUGCUGAAGGUGCCUUACUGAAGUUAACUCAAGGCCUGAAGGAUGAAUCUAUGGCUUUUAUAUAUCAUUGCCAGAAUCAUUAUUUUUGUCCCAUUGGAUUUGAGGCUACCCCUUUAAAGGCAUCCAAAGCAUUUAGAGGCAAGCUCCCGCUUGAGGAAAUGGAAUUUUGGAUCUUAAUAGGUGAACCAAGUAAAAAACAUCCAGCUAUUCACUGUAAAAAGUGGACAGACAUAGUGACAGAUCUCAACACACAGAAUCCUGAAUACCUUGAUAUUCGAAAUCCUGAAAAGGGUAUACAAUACAGGAAAACCAAAAAGGUCGGAGGAAACUUGCAUUGUAUAAUAGCUUUCCAAAAACUGAACUGGCAAAAAUUAAGCACUUGGAUGAUGAAUAUUGGAAAUUUCAGAUGUGAACCACGUUCAAAAGUAUUAGAAUGCAAAGCCAGUAGCUCUACCACUGGUUUGGAUAGAGUUUUGAAUGAUCAUCAAGACCCAUCAAUGAAUGACAAGAGUAAUAGUGAAGGAUUUCAGCAAGCAUCUGAAUGGAACCACAUUUCAAGUCCAUAUGAAUACAGAGAUUGUGGCUCUCCUGAAAGUGAGACAGAUGAAGAGACCGUGGCUACAAUGGAGCAGAAGAACAAGGCAAUUGUAAGCAGUGUCAGGUUGGCUAGGAAGAACAAGAUGAAAGCUUACUCUGCACCUCAUCAACUAUCGGCAAUGGCCACAAUGGUGAUCCCACAGGAGAGCAAUAUGGUUAAGAGGAACUACUGCUACUCCACCAGCCUGGGAAUUCUGCUGCGGGAGGCAGCUUCACCAUCACUGAAGUCACAGAGGUGGUUGGUGGCAAUCUCCUCGAAGCAGAGCAUUAUGGGAGUUCAGGGACUGUGGAAGCUGUUGGAGUGUACAGGACAACCAACCAGCCCAGAAACUCUUGAAGGAAAAAUACUUGCUGUCGAUAUCAGCAUUUGGUUAAACCAGGCUGUGAAGGGAGCGCGAGAUCGCCAUGGUAAUUCUAUACCAAAUGCUCACCUUUUGAUUUUGCUCCAUCGACUUUGUAAAUUGUUGUUUUAUCGAAUACGGCCAUUAGUUGUAUUUGAUGGAAAGAUGCCACUACUGAAGAAACAAACUUUGGAAAACAGGUGGAAGAGAAAGGAUCUGGCAGUUAAAGACACAAAGAAAACUACAGACAAGCUAAUGAAAACUUUCUUGAAGAGGCUUGCCCUAAAAACUGCAUUUGGAGGCAAAAGUGAUGAGAUCAUCCCCAGUCUUUCUCGGGUGAGAAGAGAAGAAACUGAUGACAUUUUUAUUCUGCCUUCCUUGGCACAGAAAGAGGAAAACAGCUCGGAUGAAGAGGCAGAGAAGGAGUGGGAAGAACGGAUAAAGAAUGAAAGGUCAUUACAGAAUGAAUUUCUUGAGAAUCCUAAUUCUGUAAACAUUGAUUCAGAAGACUUUGCAAGUUUACCUCCAGAGAUAAGGCAUGAAAUCUUGACAGACCUCAAAGAAUUCACCAAACGUCGAAGAAGUCUAAUGGAGCCUAUGCCUCAGGAAUCAGCUGACUUUUCCCAGUACCAGUUGUCUGGUCUGCUUAAACGCAACAGACUUAAUCAACAUAUUGAGGGUGUUCAGAAAGAGAUGAACAAACAAUAUUGUGGGGAAGUCCAAAUGGACUGCAAUAAUGAAGGGGGAUUCUUUAAGGAUAUGGAAACCAGACGGCUUGUAUCAGAAGAUGCUUCACACUACAUUCUGAUAAAAGGAAUUCAAUCAAACAACACUGAAGAUACAGAGAGUAAUAAACAAAAUACACCAGAGAAAAUUAUUAAUUCAGCUGGUGCAGAGGCACCCUCAAAUGCUGAUUGGGAGCCCUUUAAAGAUUCAAGUUCAUCAUCGCCUCCAACAGCAAGCACAACCAAAGCUGAGAAUGAUGGUGGCUCUGCAAGUGAUUGUCCUUCUCCACGGACAAUGAUUGCUAUUGAGGCUGCCAUGUUAGAAAGUGGCUCAGAUGAUGAAAUGGCGUCUGGAGAAGAUAAGUUAUUUCCAUUUGAUUGUAGCAGCACCCUAUAUUCAACUGGUACUGCUUCCAAAAAUUUAAAUAUGUCACCAAGGGCACAUCAAGCCAUCCAGCAAGCUUUAGAAGAAAUUGAAGUAAUAAACGUUGCAAAGGAGGACAAUGGAAAUGAAUACAGCUUUACUGGAAACCAAGUAGCCAGAAGCUGCAGCUCAAAUGAUGAGCGUGAAGAUCAAGAAACAUUUGGCAGUGAUUGUGAAGUCCAUGAAAUACCACUAAGUCUAAAGACCACUCAGAGGAAACCUAUACUACCAGGAAAUGAUCAAAAUUGCAAUAUGCAAGCUAAACUUCCUGCAGCAGAAGAAAGUUCUCCAGUCAGUGCAACAGAACAAAAUAACAAUGUUACAACAGGAGAUAUAAGUGAAGUGAUUAAUAACAAACAGAAAAGUGAACAGAUAAAUUUUCAAACUUCUGAAAAUGUACAGGAGCACAGAAGUAAUGCUGAAAUGCACUUGGAUAGUAACAGCAAGAAAUGUAUUCAUCCACUUGGGACAGUUAAAUUCCUAGAAAAUAACAAUACAAACAGUGGAGCUAUUCCAAGCAUACAACAACCUUCACUUACUUCUGCUCUGGACACUCAGCCUGUUGAUGAUGUUAAAAAGCUUCUGAUAAAAGGAGAACUGGAUCUGAGGAAUUUUUGUUCUGAAAAAGAAAAACAAGACUUUGUAGAAGAAUCGUUUGAAGAUCAGAAAAAGUCUGCAAAGGAUGAAGAUCAGAGUGACUCAGAAGGUAGCUUCAUUGAAGUCAUUGAUACCAAUAAAACACCACUGCAAGAUGAGCUUUUUCCUCCUGAUAUCUUUGUACCCUUGAUUCCUGCAAAUGAAUCCACACCAAAGCUUGGUGAUGAUGCGGAAGGUAGUUUAGAAACUGCACAGAUAGUUAACGAGGAACAGUCUGCAGUUAUCGGUGAUCAUGUGGAGGAAGUUGAGAAAAUUGUUCAACAAAAUACAAAAGAGGAGCCAGAUCAGCCCAAAUGGACAAAUGUGGAAGAAGCCAUAACAGAUGAAUGGAGUGAACUAAAUCUGGGUGAAGUAGAGGAACUAGAAAACAGCUUGUUCUUGAAGCAGUCUGGCCUACAAUCUCAGAAACAACAGCAGGAGCGUGUUGCUGCCACAAUCACAGGACAAAUGUACUUGGACAUUCAGGAGUUGUUGCGGCUUUUUGGAAUUCCUUAUAUUAUUGCUCCCAUGGAAGCAGAAGCACAAUGUGCUUAUCUGGAUAUGACUGACCAAACUAGUGGAACCAUCACUGAUGACAGUGAUAUAUGGCUGUUUGGAGCACGUCAUGUGUAUAAGAAUUUCUUCAAUCAAGAUAAGUAUGUGGAAUAUUACCAGUACAUCCAUAUUCAUAACCAACUUGGCCUUGAUAGACGAAAGCUGAUAAACCUUGCUUAUUUUCUGGGCAGUGACUACACUGAGGGGAUCCCUGGUGUAGGUUACGUAACAGCAAUGGAACUGCUCAAUGAGUUCCUUGGGCCUGGACUGGAGCCACUUUUUCGCAUUCGAGAUUGGUGGACUGAAGCCCAGAAAAGUAAAAAAUUACGAGACAAUCCUAAUGAUACAAAAGUGAAGAAAAAACUGCGUCACCUGGACAUCUACCCAGGGUUUCCAAAUCCAGCUGUGGCAGAAGCGUAUCUAAAACCGGUUAUAGAUGAAUCUGAAGAAUCAUUUUCCUGGGGAAGGCCGGACCUGGAGGAGAUCAGAGAAUAUCCUUUUUUUUGUCAGAAUCGUUUUGGUUGGACUAGGAAGAAGACUGAUGAAGUACUUUUGCCUGUAAUGAAGCAACUCAAUGCCCAACAGUCACAGCCACGUAUUGACACCUUCUUCAGAGUGGAACAAUACGAGAAGCAAGCAAUAAAAAGCCAAAGGCUUCGCAGAGCUGUGACUUGUAUGUUGAGGAAAGGAGAAGAAACUUCAACAGAGGCACAAGAACCGGUUGAUGUACUGAAGGGGACUACUAACUCAGCAGAAAAGGCUCAGGAAGUUGCAUCGGGAACCAAAAACAUAUCCAGUAAUUCCCAACUAAAAUGCAGAAAGAGAAAGCAGCCAUGGAAAUCUCCAGAUCAGCAACCUGGAGGAGGUUUUAUCGGAGCGAUUCAUCUGUCUGAAAUGUCAAGCGACUCGGCAGAGGAUGAUUUUGAAUUUGAGUCAAAAAAAUAUUCUAAAACAAUGGGUUUUGUUAGAAACACUCCAGAAAAGAUGAUGAAAGAUGGAGAAGACAAAACUGUCCAUAAGAGCAGUAGCUCGAGUGAAGAGAAUGAAGAUGAUAGUAUGGUGACAGCUAAACCUGUGUUUGUAAACAAAAGAAGGAUGAAAGGUCUUAAAAUAAAGCAAAGGAUGAAAUUGAAGAAAUAAGUAUACAACAAUUCCAAUAGCCCUUUUCUGUAACUGGUAUUUCAAGCCAAUUUACAAGAAUCUACUUAAUUUGUUUCAAUGGGUGAAAUUUGAAGGCUUCUCUUAAUACAAAGCUCUUCCAAAAUCUGUUAAUUCAAUUGCUGCCUGAUAGAGGCCAAAACUCUAAUUGUAAAUUGCUUGCAUGUUGCUUAGUUGGAUUAAAUUGACAAGUACAUUUGUCACAUCCAACAGUGUUUGAAAGCCUUUUUAAGUGCUUGAUUUACUCAAGUUUCUGGGUCUAUGCCAUUGGUUAAAAGCUGCUACUUUGAAUGAGUGGUUAUCAUGUUUCAGAGUGCAAAAAAAAAUCAACUAUGUAGGGCAAAUUAAAGGCAUUUCCUUUAAUGUCUACAGAAGACACAAACACGUGCAGCAGACAAUAAAUUGGAAAAGAUGUGUGUGAAUAGGUUAUAUUGAUUAAAAGUAUACUACAAUUUUGUGGUCUUCAAGAUAUCUCCUGGGACAAAGCUAUUGCCAAAAUUUAUUUAAGCAAUAGAUCAGGUUGCACAUUAGCUAAUCCACUGCUAUUUUUUUUACACACACUCCUGUGUCUUGAAACUACUAAGUUUUGUGACAUUCUGCAAAUUAAUUUACAAAUGUGAACUGUUUUGGAAUUUAGGUCUGUGGUUGAUGGUUCCCUUUUUAGGAAUUGGAAAAUGAUUGGCAAUAAAGAAAGCACGCAUAAACACAAGCAAUAUGUUUCUGACACUU